AGGGUUUUAAAGGUGGGUCAACAACCUUUAUCUCGAAGAUAUCUGGUGAUCGUGUGGAAUUUGUUCCUAAAACAGAUAAAGGAGGACAACUCAAUUUAAGACUGAAGAGAAGAUAACAAAUAUAGCUGCCGUACAAAAUGUCAAAAUAUGCAGUUUUUCCAGAAAAUCCUGAUUGGAUGUCAAAUUUACCUGAACAUCUACAUGAGACACCUUUAAAUCAGUUGGCCAUACCAGGUUGUCACGAUUCGGGUGCGUAUGAGUUUGAUAGAAAUGAAGGACUUUUUCCAGAUGCUCCUAAUGCACUUAAAUGUUUAUAUUGCAUAUUUGGACGAUGUACAUGUAUCUAUCGAUGGGCAAAAACACAAAAUAUGAACUUUCUUCAGCAACUGACAGCUGGUAUUCGAUAUUUUGAUUUACGAGUAACCACUAAACCGGACACUGAAGAUCUUUAUUUUUAUCACACUCUGUAUGCUGAUAAAGUCGAGCCUUGUUUACGUAUUAUGUAUAGAUUCCUCGAUGAGCAUCCCAAGGAAGUCAUAAUUCUUGAUUUUAACCACUUCAACAAAGAGAUGAAGAAUGCAAGACACGAACAGUUAAUUAAAAUGAUUCUGGAAAUAUUCGGAGAUAAAGUUUGUCCAUUGCAGGAUACAGGUUCGCUGACAUUAAACAAGUUAUGGUCGGGAAAACUUCAAGUCAUUGUUAUUUAUCAUCAUGCAACGAACAAUUCCAAAAUAUGGCCGGGUAGCGUCAUUCGUUCUCCGUGGUUCAACACAACAGAUGUGAACCGACUCGAGGAGGGUUUAGAAAACGUUUACAAAAACUCUGGUGACCACGAGCAAAUAUUUCUUAGCUAUCAGGGUGUUUUAACCCCCGAUACUUGCUUCACUGUAAAUAAUUGUUGCCAAAGUUUAAAGACGGCCCUCGCUGAUAAAGCAUCCCCUGCUGUUGUAACCUGGCUAUCAACCAAAGUGGCUGGGCCGAACAAGAUGAACAUAUGUUUGAUUGAUUUCGCAGAUCAGUACGAGUUUAUGUCAACAAUUCUGGCUUUCAAUAAGUAAAUUAAUAACGAUAAGCAACUUCUGCGACCAAACGUAGCCACGUUUCAAGCUAAACUUUUUAGAAUUUCAUUUUGUUUUGAUUUUGUUUUUUUUUAU